AUGUCCAGCCGUCCUGGCAUCGGCAAGCGGUUCUCCCACGACAGGUUCACCAUCCUCCCGGACUCAGAUCCCAACUCCAACGGCAAUCCCAACGGCAGCGGCAUGUCCAAGGACGCCACUAUCGACAUCCCUCUGACGGCCGUGCCUAGUGUGUCACAGACUGGUGCCCGCAAGCCAGAAGACGGCGAGCACUACUUCGAAAAGAAUCAUGAUGGUGGUGGUGAUGCCGGCGGCGAGGGCGCAGAACGCCAGAUAGGCGGCCGCCGUCGAGCUCACGGCCAUCACCAUUACGGUGACAGAUCGGCCACCUCAGACGAAGACGGGACCAUCACCCGUAUGGGAAGAUUUUACAAUAAGAUCCUCAAUUUCUCCGUCGUCACUAGAUAUUUCAUCUACGUCCUGCCCGUCGCUUUGCUUUUUGCCGUGCCUAUCAUAGUUGGUGCCGUUGCUGCUCCCACUGCCAGCAUUGGUGGUGUCCGCAUCGUCUGGUUCUUCGCCUGGGUCGAGAUCGUCUGGCUCAGUUUGUGGGUGUCAAAGGCCGUGGCUCACUAUGUGCCGUUCGUCUUUCAGUUCCUCUGUGGUAUCGUCAGCUCAGGGACCAGGAAAUAUGCUCUCAUCCUCAGGGCGUUGGAGAUCCCCUUCUCCCUCGUCGGAUGGGCCAUUACCUCCCUGGCUACUUUUAUUCCAGUGAUGACUCGUAACCCCGAUAAUAUCAAGGACCCCCGGAUCCAGCCAUGGCAGACGGUUGUCAACAAUAUCUUGUUUGCCUGUUUCAUCUCAUCUCUCAUUCUGGCUGCCGAAAAGGUCCUCGUUCAGCUGAUUUCAAUCUCCUACCACCGCAAGCAAUUCGACUCGAAGAUUCAAGAGUCCAAACGAAACGUCCAUCUGAUCAGCAUGCUCUACGCUGCCUCUCGCAAAAUGUUCCCGGAGUAUUGCAAGGAGUUCGAAAUGGAAGAUUACAUUAUCAACGACUCCAUCAUGGGCAUAACGGGCAAGAAGAAGGGCCAUGGCCGUUCAGGAUCUGCCUCUCCCAUGCGUUUGAUCCAGAACGUCGGUCAGAACGUCGGCCGAGUAGGUGACAAGAUCACUGCCGCGUUCGGCCAUGUCGCGCAAGAAAUUACGGGAAAGCAAGUCUUUAACUCCACUUCUGCCCAUUCAAUUGUUAUUCUGGCACUGGAGAAACGCAAGUCUUCUGAGGCCCUGGCUCGCCGGCUGUGGAUGUCGUUUGUACUUCAGGGACGAGAUGCUCUAUACCUUGAUGACUUAUACGAUGUCUUUGGGCCAGACCACCGUGCCGAAGCAGAGGAGUGCAUGGCUGCUCUAGACAGAGAUGAUAACGGCGAUAUCAGCUUGGACGAGAUGAUCCUUACAGUCACUGAGUUCGGCAAGGCGAGACAGUCCAUGAGCAAGUCCAUGCAUGAUGUUGACCAGGCCAUCAACGUCCUUGACAAUCUCCUCUUAGCCGUCGUCUUCAUCUUGGUCGUUCUCGUCUUCGUCGCAUUCCUAAACAAGGGGUUUGGCACCACCUUGGCUGCCGGAGCUACGGCUCUUUUGUCCCUCUCCUUCGUUUUCGCUGCCACUGCCCAGGAGGUCCUCGGCUCAUGCAUUUACCUAUUCGUCAAGCAUCCUUACGAUGUUGGUGAUCGUGUCCAUAUCAACGACAAUGAGCUCAUGGUUGAGCACAUCUCCCUUUUGUUCACCGUCUUCCGGAACAUUCAGCACCACAAGACCAUCCAGGUACCCAACAUCGUGCUCAACACCCAAUGGAUUGAGAAUGUCACUCGCUCCAAGGCCAUGCGUGAACAGAUCACGCUAACCUGCGACUUUGGUACCUCUUUCGGCGACAUACAGCUUCUCAAACGUGAGAUGCAAGCCUUUGUCCGGGCCAAGGAUAACGCCCGUGACUUUGGCCCAGAUGUCGAUAUCGAAGUCUCGGGUCUCGGAGAGAUGAACAAACUUGAGCUCAAGGUUGAAAUCCACCACAAAUCCAACUGGCAUAAUGAAGUUGUUCGAGCCACCAGACGAUCCAAGUUCCUCUGUGCAUUGGUCCUAGCUAUAAAGAAGAUCCCGAUCUACGGUCCUGGAGGUGGCGAUGCCGCUCUCGGCGAUAUCUCCAAGCCAUCGUACUCUGUUUCCAUCUCCCAUGAACAAGCCCAGCACAGCAAGGACGAAUAUGCCGCCAACAAGGAAGCCAAACGCAUGAUUCCAACGGACCAGAUGGACGAGGCCCUCUCUGCCGAUCCUGCACCCUUAUCUCCUCGCCCGGGCGCUGGUACAGGUGCCGCAGCAGCAGCAGCAGCAGCAACUUCUGCCUCAGGCCUAACAUACCGCGGCUCCACAGCGAGCAACUCAACGUCCAACGUCCACUCACCACAUAACCCCGAAGCUGCAUUCGCCAGCGCCCUUAACUCCCGUCCCCCAAUGGAAAGCACUCCGUCCUCAGCAAAUGUUACACAAGAACAUCUUAUCCGCGGACCCUCAACGGGACACAGACGCCUGAGCCAGAACCCUAACCAGAACCCAUCUGGCCGUCAAGGCAUGUCACCCAACACACCCGCUACCGAAUACCAGCAAUACGACUACGAUAAUUCAAAUAACCCAUUCAGGGCAGCUAGUCCACCAGCCCAGAUGUACGGCCAACCCGGUCCCUCCAGCCAGAGCCCGACCCCGCAGGGUUCUGUCCAUCCCGCUACCAUCAUAGCCAGGGGUCAAGGUCAGGGACAACAAGAUCAGGCUCCACUAGGCCAGGGGCCCCCGCGUGUCUAA